AUGUGUCGUUCUGUACGUGAGGGUGUGUGGGUUCGGGGUGUCACGUGCCUGCGACUGGUUUCGUGCGCAGCGACCUCCCCCCGUCACGCAUCGCCCGCCCGGCAGAGCACAACCAAGAAGACCAAGCCGCGACUCACUCCGCUGCGGGCUACUCCUCCGCCAUACCCAUCUGCCCACCCCAUGCACGACGCUUCGACGCAGGACAGCGCUGCGCGCUCGAUCCUCGACCAGGUCGACCAUUACCUGAACGAACGGGACUUUUACGCCACGCAUGCGGCGCACGCGGUCGACCGCGUGCGUGACGACGCGACGCCGGAACACCAGCACGAGGAUGGGUGCGUCGUUCCAACGACAACGUCCGCGACAACGUCCACGUCGCGUCACGCGACUCUGUCGCCUACGAACCCGCCCUGGGGCAUGCCCGAGGGCAUGCCUGACCCGUUGCACGGCCACGACCGCGAACUCGAGUUCCAGCUGGAGUUCGACCUGCUCGACGCCCACCACGAUCCGCCCCACGGCGUUCACGUCGACAACGGCGCGUUCGGGGCCGGUGUCGCGUUCUCGCCCGCCGUGUCUCCCAUGGUGGUCCCUGCCUUCCCCUCCAAGACCGCGACGCCGUACGUGCUUCCCGGUGUACCGCAUUCGUUGUCGUCGUCGUCGUCGCGCACCGACGCACAUCGGCAAUUUUCCCCGCUCACGUCGCCCGCGCUCACUGCGUCGGACAAGUCGCUCGCGGGCGGCUCCUCAUACCAGCGGUCCCUCAGUUACUGGGGGUCCAACGGCAAAGGACAAGACGACGCCCUACCGCCGCCCUCGCAGACCCAUUCUUCCCGUUAUUCGUCCUCGUCGUCCAGGGGCAAACGUACCCCGCUCUCGACCCCGGCCCUCACCGCCACGACGUCCGCGACGUCAACGGGCACCGCCGCGUCGUCAACGGCGUCGCGUGUCGUUAAACAAAGCCCGCAGAUUUCGUCACACCGCAAAUCCCUUUCCACCAAAAUCAAAACCAACUGGGACGACAUGUUUGCACUGCCGGCCAGCAGCAUCCCGCCCGAACGUGCCCGUUCGUCGUCUGCGUCCUCGAGCGGCGCGUCCAAUCCGGACGCACCACCAGACCCGGAUGAAUUGCGCGUCGCGCCCUCCGCAGUCAUGGCCACAUUCCCCAAAGUCAUUCUGCCGUCCAACUUCAGCACCAAACGGUCCGCGUCGCCCUCGCACGAGGACCGGAAUGUGCUACUCGCUACUGAUUCUCCCGUGAUAAGACCCAAGCACCCGUCCGCCCAUUUGUCACGCAAUGCCAGCGCUGGCUCCAUCCACACUCGCGCUACGCCCGAGCUAAAGCCAACGCCGCGUGCCAGUAAGCCCCCUGUCGCAGACGCCGGCUGGGACGAAGACGACCACACCAAAAAGGAGAUCCACAAAGCCGCAGAGCAAGGUCGUAGAAACCGGCUUAACGUGGCGCUCCUGGAAUUGCAUUCGCUCAUACCGAACGAGUUCAAAGAAUCCGUCUCGAUUCCUUCCAAGGCGACCACCGUCGAGCUUGCGUGCAAAUACAUCCGGCAUCUGACGGGCAAGCCCGACGACGACGACCCAUAA